AUGGCCCAUCUCCACCAACAAGACAAAGCAAUCUACGGCAACGUGGCCGCCAGGCACCAAGACAAGGCGCUGUCGGAGGUUCAUUCUGAAAUUGCCAAUAUAACCGCCCACAAUUGCGAGGCUCUGCUGGCCUUCUCGCUUCUGACAGUAUGCUACAUUCCGGCCUCGAAAGAGGCGUCAUCGGAUGCCCCAAGUGCUGAGAUCUGUGCGCUCUUCGAGUGGCUGAACCUCAUCAGGGGCGUCGUCAGUGUUGUCGAUCGUGGAAGGCACUGGAUUCAAACAGGCCCUCUCGCCAUCUGGUUGAAAUUCUUCUUGCCUAAUCUCACAGGCUUCACCCCUUUCACCAAGAUAUUUCUGGAAGACGACCACAAGUUGAGAUGUCUCGAGGAACUCUGGGACAGCAUUUCCUUUGAUGAGAUGGCUGAGUGCACCCAUUCCGAUGCCCAAAUCGAGGCUGAGCUUUGUAAAGAAGCUCUUGCACAACUUCGGGGUGCGUUUUCCCUAGCUGAAGUAGCAAGUCUCGCCGGCAGCAAGGGCAGCGGUGCAAUACCAAACGACGAACAGUAUUCCUCGGUUGUCGCAGCUUCGCUGAUCUGGCUAUACAAAAUCAGCGAUGGCUUCCUCCGCUUGAUACUCGCACGGAGGCCGUCAGCUUUGAUUCUUCUCCUUCACAAUUUCAUCUUGGUUAAGCGCCUGGGUGGUGAAAAAUGCUGGUGGGCGCCUUUACUGGCCACUCAAGUUGUUGAUGCUGUCACGCCCUUGAUUCCGUCUAAGUACAACGCCUUUAUUUUGUGGCCUGUCGAAGAGAUACGAGGCCAUGGCCCGAGACGAGCACCGUGA